GAUGCUACUCCGGCUUCCAUCGUUCGUUUCUCGUUACUUGUCGUUCCCGCUCUCAAUUUGCAGUUUCAGACCACGGAAUAUGUACACAGCAGCAAGCACAGAUGAUCGUAUUAGUCAACAGAUUUCACAUGAGAAAAAGCAGGCAAAUCAUCGAUUCUGCAGUGUAUCAAGUCAUGUGACCGAGUUACUCGAGUUGCGUGCAGAAGAUCCUUCGUUGCAUGUUCUGUUCAUCCCUGGAAAUCCAGGUAUUAUUUUGUAUUACAAAGACUUUGUUGAAGCACUAUACGAGCUGCUUGGAGGAACUGCAUCGGUAACAGCAAUUGGGCACAUCUCUCAAACAAGAAAGAAUUGGGAGCAUGGAUGUUUGUUCUCAUUACAAGAUCAGAUAGACCAUAAGAUGGACUUCAUUAAGCAAGAGAUUCGACAUACUGAAGUUCCUCUCUUAUUGGUUGGGCACUCUAUCGGUUCCUAUAUAUCACUGGAAAUAUUCAAGAGAGUACCAGAGCAGGUGAAAUAUUUUAUAGGGCUUUAUCCUUUUCUGACUUUGGACAAGAAAUCCUUCAAGCAGUCUGUGAUUGGGAAGAUUUCAGCGUCUCAAGCUCUAUGUGUUGUCCUCAGUUCUAUUAUAGCUAUGUUGGGCUUGCUUCCAAGCUGGGCUACCAGGGCGCUCGUGAGAAGAUCCCUUGGGAGCUUAUGGUCUUCUACAGCAGUUGAUGCUACUUGCACUCACCUGCUGCAGUACCAUUGUAUGCGAAAUGUCCUCUUCCUGGCGAUGACUGAGUUCAUAAAGCUUUCAGAAGUGCCAGACUGGAUGUUCAUAAGAGGGAAGCAGGAUCAAAUUGCCUUUUUGUUUGGCAUUGAUGAUCACUGGGGUCCAUUGACAGUGUUUGAAGAGAUCUCCAAGCAAGCCCCAGAUGUUGCUUUAUCAAUAGAAAGGGAGGGUCACACUCAUUCUUUCUGUUGUACUGAGGCUGGGUCAAUAUGGGUUGCCCAACAUGUGGCAAGCUUGAUCAAGCGUCAAUGUCAAGAUACAAGUGGAACCAGUAUGGUAAUGCCCAAGGACCUAAAUGCUUAAGGACACCACAUGUGACUACAUUGGCACCAGAUGUGUUAUAUUGCAACCAUGUUUUCUGUCUUGACACAUUCAGGCUGAUGGAUCUGAAUAUAUUCUACACCAAUGCAGGGAUUUUUCAUAAAGGCUUAUUAAAAUGUAGUUAAUUUCUGAU